AUGGCUCCAUAUGGACAGUCUUCUUCAAAAAUGACUCCAUAUGGACAAUCUUCUUCAAGUGGAUACUAUCAUGGAUCCGCCUAUUUGAGAGAUUCUAAUCAAAACGAAAAUCAGCAAAAUCAGCAAAAUUUUCAAUAUUUCGAGUCACCAAACUAUACAACGAACAAUCUGAAUCCAUAUUUAUACCAUGAAACGCCGAAGCCCGACUAUUCGGAUUCGGACGAGGACGAGGAAAGAGUGAUGGCUGAUAGGGUUCUUCACGGAUUACCCAAAACCAUUCCACAGCCAGAGUUUCGUCCAUCGCUCAGCCACUCGGAUCACUCGUUUCCACAUCGACCGAAUGGGCAUCUGCGACUCGAUUCCCAGGCCGAGGCGUCGAAAAUGUGGCAUCGGAAUGGCCGAGGACGAUCAGAUACGAUCUCGCUCACGGAUGGGCUCUAUUCAAUAGAAGAGACAUCUCGACAAAUGCGUGGGAUCCCCACCGCUCCAGAGGGUCCACCACCGCGGCGGCCAACCAUCGAAAAUUGUAAACUCAAACUCAAUGAUUGGGAAAAGAAGAGGACUUGGUGGAAAAGUGGGCUCACCAUUGUCGCUUCAUUUUGGCUCGUUUUCGCUGCUCUCAAUCUUUUUGCCUACAUCGAAAUGUAUGAAAAUGUGAAGAAAGG